AUGAAUUGCACAACUCGUGAGUAUUUCCAUCUCCUAGCUUUCUCUAUCUCGAAGAAAGAUCAAACAUUUCUCAGUGUCGGACUUUUACUGAUCUACUCACUGGCUGUGCUUGGAAACAUGAUGAUUAUUGUGCUUGUAUGUCUGGUAUCCCAGCUGCACACCCCCAUGUACUUCUUCUUGUGCAACCUGGCAUUCCAGGACAUUAUCUUUGUCUCCGCCAUCCUGCCUAAACUGAUGGCCAUCACAAUUACAGGAGACACCAGAAUCUCUUUCCCCAGCUGUUUAACACAAAUGUUCCUGUUUGCAUUCUGCACAGAUACAGAUUUUUUCCUACUGGCUACUAUGGCUUACGAUCGAUAUGUGGCCAUUUGUGUUCCUCUCCGUUACUACCUGAUAAUGAAGCCAAAGCUUUGCGUCCUGCUGGUGAUAAUGUCAUGGAUUCUGUAUGCCUCUAAUGCAGUGUGCUUCUCUUUGCUUUUGUCUAAUCUAUCAUUCUAUAAUUCACAUGAUCUGAAUCAUUUCUUUUGUGAUAUUAAUAUACUGAUGGAGAUCUCAUGCAGUGACACCUCAUUUAUUAAACAAUUGAUUUUACUUGAAAUACCAUUAAUCGGGAUAUUUCCGCUCAUGCUGAUCCUAACAUCAUAUGUGUACAUCAUAGCUACGAUCAAGAAAAUGCGAACCUUUGCUGCGAGACUCAAGACGUUCUCCAGCUGUUCCUCACAUUUAACAGUUGUAUUGCUGUUCUGUGGCACCUCUAUUGGGAUUUACAUAAAGCCAGACUCACAGAACUUCCAAGAACAAGACAAGAUUCUUUCUUUGCUGUAUAUUGGCCUUGUUCCAUUGUUAAACCCAUUAGUGUACAGCUUAAGAAACAGGCAGGUUUGGUCAGCCACAAGAAUAGUAUUUGGCAAAUAUAUACUUGGAACAUCUCUAUCUCAUUUUUCUAGCUCUUUACACAGUAGAUCUUGGGUCUCAUAA